AUGGCUAUUUUGUUGGCGUAUGUUCAUGCUGAUACAGUGUUAAACCGUCCACGAAGACAGCUUCUACAAGGAUUAGGGCAACUAUUUGGAGGUGGAUUAGGUGGAUUAGGUGGUAAUCAAUAUGGAAAUGGUUAUGGAGGAUAUCCAGGCGGUGGAUUUGGUGGCGGUUAUCCAGGCGGAUAUCAAGGUGGUUAUGGAGGUUAUCCAGGCGGCUAUGGCGGUGGUUAUAAUCAAGGUUAUGGCGGAGGAUAUGGAGGUGGUUAUGAAGGCGGACGUAGACAUCAUCAUCACCAUCAUGAUGAUUAA